CACCCUGUGAGGACAAACUGAACUUCAGGAGCUACAACCAUCUUGACAUUAAUUUACCAGGAAUCAGCCAUGGAUUAUCAGAAGCAGGUUGAAGAAAUUGAAUCCACUGCCAAGUUUGGAGACAUGAUAGAAUUUUCCUACCCGAUUGGAUAUUCGCACUGGGGAGUGUAUGAUGAAGAUGGACAUGUGAUCCAUUUUGCUGUUGCAGAUGAAGGGCAGCUGAUGAACAGGAUACGUACGUCCAUAGAAUCAUGGCUGCCUGUAUGUGGUGACUUUCUUAUUCGGGAGACCAAGAUCCGCAGAGUGCCUCUUGGCGAGGUCAACGUACCAAAAGGAGCCCACGUCUUGAUCAGCAACAACCGCCAUUUCUUCACGCCAUCAUCGCCUGAGGACAUGAGACAAAGGCGAGAUGCACUCCUUGACAAGGUCUUCACAUAUAACCUCUUCAGUCUCAACUGUGAGCACUUUGCCACGUUUGUGCGCUACGGAAAAGCUGUGUGCAACCAGAUUCCAGCAAGAACCAAGAAUUUAGAGUGUGAGGACGCGACUGCAGCCUUCCAAAAGGUCAUUGACUCUGCAGAAACGUCCCCAGAGGAUGAAUGAGCCCU